AUGGCAACUCGCCAAAUCACCCGCCGUCUCGCCGUCGGCGCCGCCGUCGCAGUUACCAUCGUCUUCCUCCUCUUCUUCCCACCGCAGGGUCCGGCCAGCCCCGCGAUUCGCGCCCCGGGCCACAUCACGCAUACCACCGGAGACUCGCGCAUCACUAUUCAAGACUCGACGGUGAUGGGCGACGUUGUGAUGCCGAAGUUGGGCAAUGCGACAGCUAAAGCUGAGCUAGGACGUGCGACAUGGAAAUACUUUCAUACGGUUAUGGCUCGUUUCCCUGAGAACCCGACGGAUGAUCAGCAGGAUGCACUGAGAUCGUACAUUCAUCUUUUUGCGCGGCUUUAUCCUUGUGGCGAAUGCGCUGAACAUUUCCAGCAACAUCUGGUCAAGUACCCGCCGCAGGUCUCUUCGCGCAAGGCUGCGUCUGGAUGGGCUUGCUUUAUUCACAAUGAGGUCAAUGCCAUGCUCGAAAAGCCUGAAUUCGACUGCAAUAAUCUGGGCGCGUUCUAUGAUUGCGGAUGCGCCGAGGAAGAGGGAGAAGCUGGCAAUGAACCCUCCGGCAGUAGCCACUCUUCUGCGACUCGUGCGGACACGAAGAGUGACUCUGCGCAUGAGCAUUUGGCCGUGGAGAUCUCCAAGGAAGCAACAACCCGUGGUUGA